AUGCGGACCCACAGUGGAGAGAGGCCCUAUGAAUGUAAGGAAUGUAGGAAUACCUAUGUCUAUGACUCACACUUCAUACAACACAGAAGAAUCCACAUUGGAGAGAGGUCCUAUGAAUGUAAGGAAUGUGUAAAAGCCUUUAUUUCUUCCACAGCCCUCACUGCACCUAUGCGAGUUCAUAGUGGAGAGAGGACCUAUGAAUGUAAGGAGUGUGGAAAAGCCUUUAGUCAACAGUCAAGCCUCAGAACACAUAGAAGAAUCCACAGUGGAGAGAGGCCCUAUGAAUGUAAGGAGUGUGGGAAAGCCUUUACUCAACAGUCAAACCUCAGAACACAUAGAAGAAUCCACAGUGGAGAGAGGCCCUAUGAAUGUAAGGAGUGUGGGAAUGCCUUUCGUCAACUCUCACACCUCACAAGACAUACAAGAAUCCACAGUGGAGAGAGACCUUUUGAAUGCAAGGAUUGUGGGAAAUCCUUUCAUCGACUCUCACACCUCAUAACACAUAGAAGAAUCCACAGUGGAGAGAGGCCCUAUGAAUGUAAGGAAUGUGGGAAAGCCUUUCUCCGAGCCUCACACCUCACAACACAUAGAAGAAUCCACAGUGGAGAGAGGCCCUAUAAAUGUAAGGAAUGUGGAAAAGCUUUAAUGUCUUCCACAGCCCUCACUGAACAUACACGAAUUCAUAGUGGAGAGAGGCCCUAUGAAUGUAAGGAGUGUGGGAAAGCCUUUCGCCAAACAUCAACCCUCAGAAAACAUAGAAGAAUCCACAGUGGAGAUAAGUCCUAUGAGUGUAAAGAAUGUGGGAAAGCCUUUCUCCCAUCGUCAAACCUCAGAAAACAUAGAAGAAUCCACAGUGGAGAGAGGCCCUAUGAAUGUAAGGAGUGUGGGAAAGCCUUUAUUCUACCAACACACCUCACCACUAUUGAAGAAUCCACAGUGGAGAGAGGGUCUGUCAAUUUUUACGUAUUGCAAAGACUCCGCAGAAAGCCUCGUUCCAAUGACCUCAACAACAUGAUCUACACGGUCCAGUAUUCCACUCAUGGCAAGUUCAAUGGCACUGUCAAGGCUGAGAAAAGGAAGUUUGUCAUCAAUGGAAAGUCCAUCUCUAUCGUGUAG